AUGCCUUUUCAGACAUGUCGAGGGGGUGGUGAUUUCUUGUGGGAGAAGUACACAGCUGUUUCAGGAGGUGAAGCGUUCGCAGAAGCUGAGGAUCUUCUUGGCUUGGAGCGUUUUGCUGAAGCAGUUGAGAAAGGGCAGCAGGCCCUGGAAGCCUUCAGAGGCAGUGGCAACAAGGAUGCUGCGGCUGAUGCAGUUCGUUUGGUCGUGAAGGGCCUCGUGGGUCGAGAACAGCAUUCUCGAGCACAAGAUUUGGCAAAAGAGGAGCUUGCCAAGUUUCGAGAGGUUGGUCAUCGGCUCGGCGAGGCCAAGAUGCUCAUGUCACUCGGGGAGUCCACUCCAGCGAAGGAAGGUCGAGCCAAGGCAGAGGCUGUGAGUGCUCUGAAGGAAGCAAGGUCUAUUUGCCGGAACUCGAACAACAAAGAGUGGGAGGUGAAAGCUCUGCUUACCUUGGCUUGGCUGAACAUGGGCAAAAUGGAAGACCUUGGAGCCGUGGAGACUGCCCUGAAGAAUGCAACAGAAGCGAGAGAUAUUUCGCAGGAGUUUGACAACAAACGAAUAGAGGCCGAGUGUCUUUGGGCCAUGGCAGAGUCUCGUGGGUUGGUUUCAUCCCCCGAUGAUGCAUUAGAUGCAGCCGACGAAGCCAUGGAUCUCUUUCUCGAACUUCGGGAUAAACGCAUGGAAGCUAUGGUGCUCUUGAAGAUGUCGGAAUGGAACCUGAAGCUCGGAGAUCAUGCCAGAGCUCUUUCUGAUGCUGAAGAUGCUCUGGAGAUCUAUCAAAUGUUGCAGUCCUCACUCGAAGUAAAGGCCCUCCGGCGUGUCUUCGAUGCCCAUUUGGCACGGCAGGACAUGCGGAAGGCGCGGCUUGUCGCUGCAGAAGCGCUGAGGCAUUUCCGGGAACAGAACAACAAGCCUGCCCAGGUUGAAGCCGUUCGCAUGCUCGUCGAGCUGUAUGUGAAGGCAAACCGUGUUGAGGAGGCUCUGACAGCUGCCAAGCGCGGGAUCACCGUGUGCAAGGAGCUGGGAGAUGCAGCUGCGCAGGCUUCCCUGAUGCUCACAGUUGGACGUGCUCGCUUGCGGAUGGCACAGCUGGACAAGGCCAUAGGCAUUGCGCAGGAUGCGUUCGCGAUGCUGAAGAAGAUCCCUUCCACAACAAAGAGGAUUUGCGAGGACAAGGUGGAGGCCAUGCACGUCUUGAUCGAAGCGAAGUAUCACAAGGGCCAUAGAGAUGAAGCCUUGGACCAAGCACUGGAAUUCAAGGAGAUUUUUGAGCAGCAAAAUGAUGGGAAAGCAUUGGGACAUGCCUUAUUGAUUGCUGCAACCCUGGAAUUCAAAAGAGGCAACGUUGAAGAAGCAUCAAGCUACAACACAAAAGCCCAGGCAAUGUUUGGAGAAGAGUCAGAUACAUCAGGUGAGGCUGAUGCCUUAUUAAUGAGUGCGGAGAUACAGUGGAAGAAAAACGAGUUCAAGUCAGCCAUCCGCUUUGCAGAGAAGAGUAGAGCUUUGUAUCGCGAGUUGGGCAAGAAUGAGGGAGAGAUCGCUUGCAUGUACAUGAUCUCCGAAAACGCAGUUCGUCUUUCGGUCAAGGAGGGAGCUAAAAUCUACAGCGAGGAGCCGAUUCCGAGGCAAGCACGCGAUGCAUUGGACAAGGGCAUCAAACUUGCUGAAGCUGGAAUCAAACUUGCGAAAAAUACAGGUCUUGCAACAGCACCCGAGUUGAUGGGCUCUCUGCUUUGUGCCAGAGCUCAGGGUCUCACUUUGAAGGCGCGCUUUGAGGAGGCUCUUGCCUGUGCAGAUGAAGCUGUGCUCAUCUACCGGGAUUUGGGUUGUUACCAGCUGGAAGCCAACGCUUUGAUGCUGACCUGUGAUAAUUUGCGUGCGCUCGAGCGAGUGAAGGAGGCUGCAGAAGCAGCAGAUGAAGCUUUGGCACUAUAUCGGCACGUAGAUGACACUGCUGGAGAGAACUUGGCGCUGGAAGUGAUUGCCACUUUCCAGGAGUUCAUGCAGCAACAGGCGCCUCAAUUCAUGCCGCCACCACCUGCAGCUGCACCUGGGCAGCCACAAGUUCCGGUGUGGCAACAGCAGUCAGAACAAGGAGGACCACCUGAGGCUGCAGUUGCAAAGCCAGUGCAAAGGGGACCUGCGGGACCAGCACUGGACGUGAAAUCUGGGCUUAGCCUUGAGGUGGUGACUGGCAAGGUGAAAGAGAUUGCCCUCAGGAUCACAGGUGCUGAUGAUGGAGAGAUUGAAGCUGACACACCAUUAAUGGAAGCGGGUCUCACAAGCAACUCCGCAAUCAUUAUGCGCGAUGAGCUUUCCCAAGCUUUGCCUGGGGUGCAGCUUCCUGUCACCCUGGUGUUCGACUAUCCAUCAGUCUCUGCCAUGACUGAGCUCAUCUUGCAGAGCACUGGGGCCCCAGCCCUCAAGAAUUGA